GGCGCUCUCUGAUGCGGUCACGGCGCGGCGCCGCACUGGGGGAAGGCCCCCCCCCCGGCCAUGUCGCGCCUGCUGGCGGCGGUGAGGGGCUGGCGCGGCGUCGCAGUUUGCAAGUCAUGUGUUCUCCGGAGAUUCUCCAUCCAGCCAGCCCAGCAGAAGAAGAUUCCAAACCGAUAUUUGGGCCAGCCCAGCCCCUUUACACACCCGCACCUACUCAAACCAGGGGAGGUAACCCCAGGCUUGUCACAGGUGGAAUAUUCUCUUCGCCGGCACAAACUGAUGACACUGAUCCAGAAGGAAGCCCAAGGUUGGGAAGGAUUGGACCACACAGUGAUUCUGCUGUCCAACCCCAUGUACUACAUGAGCAAUGACAUCCCCUACGUUUUCCACCAGGACACGAACUUCCUGUAUCUCUGUGGGUUCCAGGAACCUGACAGCAUCCUGGUGCUGCAGAGCCUUCCUGGCAAAGCGCUGCCCUCUCACAAGGCCAUGCUUUUUGUGCCCCGGAGAGAUCCGAGCCGAGAGCUGUGGGAUGGGCCCAGGUCAGGCACAGAUGGGGCCAUCGCUCUGACAGGAGUAGAUGAAGCUUACACUAUUGAGGAGUUCGGGCACUUGGUGGCCAAGCUGAAAGGUGAGUCAAACAAGGUGUGGUAUGAUGUGACUAAACCAGUGCAUAAAGAACUGCACGCUGACUAUAUGCAGCCCCUGGCUGAAAUAAAAGCUCGGAGCAAAAAUCACAUCCAAGGCAUCCGGCAUCUCGUGCAAAACCUUCGGCUGAUCAAAUCUCCUGCAGAGAUUGAGAGGAUGAAAAUAGCUGGACGAGUGACAUCGGAGGCUUUCAUAGAGACAAUGUUUGCCAGAAAAUCUCCAGUGGAUGAAGCCUUUCUGUAUGCAAAGUUUGAAUUUGAGUGCCGAGCUCGUGGUGCUGACAUCUUGGCCUACCCCCCUGUUGUUGCUGGUGGCAAUAGAUCAAACACUUUGCACUAUGUGAAGAACAAUCAGCUCAUUAAGGAUGGUGAAAUGGUCUUGCUAGAUGGUGGGUGUGAGUUCUCCUGCUACGUAAGCGACAUCACACGAACCUGGCCCGUCAAUGGAAGGUUCACCAAACCUCAAGCAGAACUGUACCAGGCUGUCUUGGACAUCCAGAAGUCCUGCCUGAGCCUCUGCUCCCCAGGUGUGAGUCUAGAAAAUAUCUACAGCCUCAUGCUGAGCCUUAUUGGACAGAAGCUGAAAGACUUGGGGAUCCUAAAGGGCAGCAUCACUGACAGCCACUUCUUUAAGGCUGUUCGAAGGUACUGCCCACACCAUGUGGGCCAUUACUUGGGCAUGGAUGUUCACGAUACCCCAGAUGUAUCCCGGUCUGUCCCACUCCGGCCAGGCAUGGUGAUAACCAUUGAACCAGGACUUUAUAUCCCUGAAGAUGAUGUGAGUGCCCCAGAGAGGUUUCGUGGCCUUGGUGUACGCAUUGAGGAUGACAUUGUGAUAGCAGACGAUUCACCUCUCAUCUUGUCUGCUGACUGUCCCAAGGAGAUCUACGAUAUCGAGCAGAUCUGUGGCCGCAGCUCAUGAUAUCUCUUCAGGAGAUGCGUGCCUCCAGGGAUGCAGAUCCCCGUAACUGGCUGCACUUGUCAAAUGGUGGAGAGAGAGUUGAUGGCGGUUUCCAAAUCUGAGGCUGGGAAGCAGAAUGCAAAAGACUCUGGCACUGAGUGCUGAAAAGCAAAGCAACCUUUUCUAUAUGUAUUUUUCUUCUGAUUUGUCUAGUGCUGAUGUUGAGCUAUUGCAGAACGUGGGGGUGGAUUCAUCCCUCUGUUGUGUGGAUCCAUCUGUUCUGAUGCCCUUGAGUAGAUGGACUUUGUGAGUGCUGCCAGUAGCACAGCUUCAGCCUGGUUCCUCUACAGAUGCAGUAGUACAACUGCUGAGACCUGGGUCCUGUUGUUUACCUUUUUUGCAGUAAUUACACAAUAGUCAGAAUUUAAAAGUGAGAUUCUGAAAAAUGCUGCUUUUGGAAAAUAAAAUCAUUUCAAGCACUUUCGACUUUAGAACCCUGGGCGGAGAGGUUUUGGUAGUUGGGAAGAUGAGUUUGGUUGGGAGGUAGCCUGAAGCUUGUGCAGAGUGCUUUUGUUAUUUUAAGAAUAAGGAUAUCUUUGGUUUUGGUUCAGGCAGAUGCAAAAUAAGCCAACAGCGGAGGAAAACACCUCAUCGAGUCUUUCAGCUUAUUGAAAUGUUUGAGUUCUGGAGGUUGUUCAUUCUGGUCUUCCACAUUCCAUUCUUUUUAUCACCACUCUCCAUUCCAGGCUCUUGUUUUGAGCCUGCCACUGUCCUGUGAAGCCAGUAACAUGUUGGCUGUGUCGGGCUCCACUGGCAGGAUGCUGGUUGUCAUCUGGAUGUGAGUUGAUCAGUUCUGGGACAGGCACAGCAUCCUUCUGGUUUAUGCUGCGUCAGCCACUUCAGCAGUGCAUUUAUGAAGAAAGCAGCAUGAAGAAUGCAAGUUUUAUACCACGUGUUUGAAAUAAUUUGCCUUUUCAGAACACUGAGGGCAUGAGCACUUCUGGGUUUUAGGUUUUGCCAAAUGCCAUCAGUAAUGAAUGCUUUGUGAUAGUAUUUUUGAGGCAGCUGCAAAUGGGACUUGUGGCUAGGAUGACUGAGGAGUAAAGAGAAGACUUCCUGUCAGCAACAGCAUAUCACCCAAAGCAUUGUAAUGCCACAGUAAAUACACCUAUUUGAGGCAAACAUGCUGUCUGUGUAUUUCCUGAAGAUAUUUUGACAGUCAACUAUUUAACAUCUAAAAAAUGUCUCUAAUAAUAUAUCUCCUGUUACUUAUGUUGGCUUUUCCUUCCUAUCAUCUUUUUCUUUUCUAAUUGCAGCUUUAGGUAUUUUCCUCUCCACUCUUUCUUUUAAUUCUCUUCCUCUACUCUCUU